AUGGCCAACGAGAUGGCUGGUUGUUUGGAGAUUUUAGGGGAAUCUCUUCGACAUUCACCGAGUACCACGUCCGCGGCGACUUCUAUUCUUGCUUCCCAGUCAAAGAACAUUUCGAAUAUCUCCAAAAAAGGAAUGCUCCACUCGACACCAUCAAAUUCGGCAAAUUCGGGUUUGACGGUUCCCAUGCACUACACACAUACUCCAAGGAUCGAUUCGACCGAGGCCGUUUGUGGUGGACUCGUCCCAUCAAGUCAGUUAUUGGACCGAAUCACUGAUUGGGUAUCGAAAAAGCAGUCGGCUGCACGGGCUGGUGAUGUGGUGAAUAUCAUCUUGGAUGGUCAUGGGAAUAAAGAUGAUGGAUUCAUGGCAGGAGAUAAUUCCUUGCAUCGUGUAGUGUUUGCAAACUUGAUUUCACAUUUCAAACCUGGGGUGCAAGUGAAUUUCGUGCCUGAAUUUUGCUACUCAGGAAAUUUCAUCGAUGCAGUUUCAAAAUUGAAUCUUGCAAGUUGCUACUGCGUUGCAUCUGCCGAUGAUAAAUCCAAAAGUUGGAGUCAUACCCGAAGUGUGAGCGGACGAGUCCGAAACGGGCGAUUCACCACUGCCUUGGUUCAGUCACUAGCAAACACCCGCUCAAGCUCAACAUCCUCAACUCCCUGGUCCGUUAAAGACCACGAGCACUUCAUGGUUACCCAGCUCAAUCGAAAUAUCACACCUGGUGAACAAAUUACUCUUCCAGAAUUCUGGUCGAGUAAUGACCUGGACCCAUCGCUCCCACUGGAAGACCUGUUCUUCCGCGACAUGAUCUCCUUCUCUUCUUAUGGUCACAGUGCUGCUGGUCGAAACGCUCGGGUCGAAUGGCCUACCACCAACCCCAGGAUCCGACUAAGCCUAGGAGAAACUUGCCAUCUUUCCAAAGGUUUGGUUUCAGGGGCAGUAACUAAGGCUCUCAUGGAUGAAAUUGCUCAAUGUGACACAACAAUCGGUUAUCCUCCUGAUAUUGGUGUUAAUGAUCAGAUGUACAUGAAGGAUCCAGACUGGCGAGGAAUGCUUCGGAACCUUUACUGGCGAUUCCAGCGGCAGUAUGUCGUCUGGGAAAUUUACCUCAUACUGGCCGACCGUGGGUUUGUUGAGGCAAGCGCCUUAACUCUACCAAUGAAUCUAUUUUCACCGAGCAAAGCGACACGCCGGGCUCUUUCUCUACUCAGCCUCUUCUCCAGGAUCACAGAUGAUGAUCAUUUGGCCUGUAAAGGCCAAAUUGCGUUGCAAAAUAUUGGUUGGGACCUAGAUUUUACAUGGCGAGUCUCCGUCUCUUCAUCUCCCAGUCAAGUUUUCACAUUACUAACAUUGACUAUAGGCUUGCGACCGUCAUCGUUCGUACCGGCUGCGAAUAUCAAGAGCUAUUUCUUACGAUCCAAGAUAGCGGGUAUCUUGGCAAGAUGA